AUGAAGCGAGCUUUGGCAACUCUUGUUAGGAAUCGGGCAUUAGCCUGUAAUUCAGAAUCAGUUAAAUUUGUCAGUAGUAGAAAUGUGCAAUUGCCACAAUCCAUACAAAUUCGUCCUAUUUCAACAACGUGUGUGAAAUAUGCUACUAGCACACCAGAAGUUUCUCAAAUAUUAGAACAGAAAAUACUUGGUCAUCAAUCUAAACAAGACCUUGAAGAAACAGGACGUGUAUUGACAAUAGGAGAUGGUAUUGCACGUGUUUACGGUUUAAAAAAUAUUCAAGCUGAAGAGAUGGUGGAAUUCUCCAGUGGUCUAAAGGGAAUGGCUCUCAAUUUGGAGCCAGAUAACGUCGGUGUUGUCGUAUUUGGUAACGAUAAAUUAAUUAAAGAAGGUGAUAUAGUUAAACGAACAGGAGCUAUUGUUGACGUACCAAUUGGAGAUGAAUUAUUGGGUCGUGUGGUUGACGCAUUAGGAAAUCCUAUUGACGGCAAGGGACCGUUAGGGACAAAAAAACGUGCUCGAGUUGGUAUAAAAGCACCUGGCAUUAUACCGCGAAUUUCUGUGCGCGAACCUAUGCAAACUGGAAUGAAAGCUGUUGACAGUUUAGUGCCCAUCGGUAGGGGUCGUGGUCAACGUGAAUUGAUCAUUGGUGAUCGUCAAACGGGUAAAACAGCAGUAGCCAUUGACACAAUUAUUAAUCAGAAACGUUUCAAUGAGGGUCAAGAUGAGAAGAAGAAAUUAUAUUGUAUUUAUGUUGCCAUUGGACAAAAACGUUCAACGGUGGCACAACUUGUCAAACGUUUAACAGAUACAGAUGCCAUGAAAUAUACAAUUAUCGUCGCCGCAACAGCUUCUGAUGCAGCUCCAUUACAAUAUUUAGCACCAUAUUCUGGAUGCGCUAUGGGAGAACAUUUUCGUGAUACAGGCAGACAUGGAUUAAUUAUUUAUGACGAUUUAUCAAAACAGGCUGUUGCCUAUCGUCAAAUGUCCUUACUGCUUCGACGUCCACCCGGUCGUGAGGCAUAUCCUGGUGAUGUAUUUUAUCUUCAUAGUCGUUUAUUAGAGCGUGCAGCUAAAAUGAAUGAUACUCAUGGUGGUGGAUCUCUGACAGCUCUUCCCAUUAUUGAAACACAAGCCGGUGAUGUAUCUGCUUAUAUCCCCACAAAUGUCAUUUCGAUUACUGAUGGUCAAAUUUUCUUGGAAACUGAAUUGUUUUACAAAGGUAUUCGACCAGCUAUUAAUGUCGGUUUAUCCGUAUCACGUGUAGGAAGUGCCGCACAAACGAAAGCAAUGAAACAAGUUUCUGGUAAAAUGAAACUCGAACUUGCCCAAUAUCGUGAAGUAGCAGCAUUUGCACAGUUCGGCUCAGAUUUGGAUGCAGCAACACAGUCACUAUUGAAUCGCGGUGUACGUUUAACUGAAUUAUUAAAACAAGGCCAAUAUGUACCAAUGGCUAUUGAAGAACAAGUAUGCGUUAUUUAUGCCGGUGUUCGUGGACAUUUAGAUAAAUUAGAUCCAAGUAAAAUAACAAAAUUUGAACAAGAAUUUUUACGCCAUUUAAAAUCACAACAUAAAGACAUAUUAGAAUCUGUACGCACCAAGAGUGAAUUAACACCAGAAACCGAUGCAAAAUUAAAAGAGAUUUCUCUCAUAAUAAAAUUUAAAACAAGCGCAAUUACAAAAUAUGUUAAAUGUGGUCUUAUACAAAGUCAAAUAAAAUCUGCAUUAUCUGUUGAUCAUCCAAAUACUCCAUUACCAACAACUCAAUUAUCGAAUAUAAUUAGCUAUAAUCGACGAAAAAAUAAUCCAGAAAUAUUUUCGGUGUAUGAUUUUCGUAAAUGGUAUAAUGAUCGUAAAGAUGGCAGUAAUUCAUCACAUUCAACAUUUGUAUCAUAUUAUUCAACUGAUAAUGUUGAUAAUAUUUUUGUAUUAUUUAUAACAAAACAAAUAAUACAACAAACCCAAUUUGCAACUUUAUUACAAGUAGGUGCUAUAUACAAAAUUACAUGCAAUGAAUUGCCGUUAUUAGUCUUUGAAGCACCGGAUGCUGAUCGAGACACAAAUGUAUCAAUUACAACAAUGGAAAUCAUUUGA